CAUAUCAGUAAACACUUCUCGCUGCUCCAGCCAGCUUCUGUCUCAUAUAAACACUAGCCCCACCUCACUCAUUAUCCGCUUCGCUCCUACUCAACUGCUAUCGCGCUAUCCCAGCGCAGACGUCCUCCCAUGAACUUCUCCGACAAGGAAGUGCAGCUCGCGUCCGACCACCCGAAGAAGCCCGCCGGGAGGAAGAAGUUCCGGGAGACCCGCCACCCCGUGUACCGCGGGGUGCGUCUGCGCGACUCGGGCAAGUGGGUCUGCGAGGUUCGCGAGCCCAAAAAGAAGUCGAGGAUCUGGCUCGGCACCUUCCCUACUGUGGAGAUGGCAGCGAGGGCGCAUGACGUGGCAGCGCUCGCGCUGAGAGGCCAGUCUGCCUGCCUCAACUUCGCAGACUCUGCGUGGCGGCUGCCCAAGCCGGCAUCGGCGGAUGCCAAGGACAUACAGAAGGCGGCGGCCAAGGCUGCAGAGGCAUUCCUGCCGGUGGAAUCCGAGGACAUAAUGUCAGGGGACGAGAAGAAGUUGCAUUCGGAAGAGGGAGUGUCGUACGACGAGGAGGACAUCUUUGGGAUGCCGGGGUUGAUCGCCGAUAUGGCGGAGGGGAUGCUCUUGUCUCCCCCACAAUGCGGCGAAGAUAUAUAUGGCGGAGAGGACGACGGGAACUUGGACGCAUACGCGUCAUUAUGGAGCCACUCCAUCUGACCAUUUCUCAAUUUCACUUGUACAUAGAAGCUGUUUAAUAGAGUGCGGAAGCCACUUUUGUGAUGUGCCAUUAGAUAAAGAGCAUAUCGAUGAAGCACGGGUCUUCCGAUGUUGGGCCGCCGAUAGAGCGGAUGGGAAAGUGAAACAAAGCGCAAAAGUAGGCUGCGUUCACUGCAACAUCGGGCAUUGUUUAUA